AUGUCCAAGCCUCCCUUCAGCUGCAUCAGCGACAGUCAGGCUCCUUCUGGCCCAAGCCUCGAGCGUCGCCAACUAGCCAGCCCGUGUGGCCUCGCCCGUCUUCCGGAUGAGCUCAUUACCCUGGUUGCCGAAAACCUCGUCGACGUCGAAGAGGCCGACACCUUUGUGUAUAUCCGGGACAACCACCUUGAAAUCAGCCAUCCCGAAGUCUACCAAAACCUCGACCACCUCGUUUCAGGCCGCCCUUGGGAGGCACUGACCACCGAGUUUGAGAAAGCACUCCACAAAGAUGGAAUCAUCGCCUUCGAGGAUGAAGAAGCCUUUAUGAGCUACUUCGACCCGGAACUAUUAGAAAUCGACAAACACCUGUCUCGCAUCCGCCUGGCAACCCAGCGCGUGCGCUUCAUGGACUGGAACGGCGGACACAACCACGUGGCCCAAAAGGUAAUUCGAUCGCUUCGCAACCUGACCAGCGUGCACCUCGGCGGCGUCUGGACGAACAGAUACGGGGGCUUCAAAAUCCACCCUGCCAAGCGGGAGCUCUCCGAGUUCGAGCCCAAGGCGAAGAGCUUUGCAGCGGCCAUCUGCCCGGAUACCGGUUCGCGCCCGCCGGGUCGACCGCCGCUGCGCGUCACGUUUGGGCCUGGCCGCUUUGGCGAGAACACCGUCGGCGCCCACGACUGCAGAGGCGACCGCUGGGCUCUGUGCAUCUGCCCUCGGCCUGGCUCUCCCGUCCACUGUACCUUCUGGAGCCACGGUCAACCAAUUUCGCGCUGCGAGUGUGUAUGUCCCAUGGAAGACCACGUUCUGUGCCUUCUCAUGGAGCCGUUUGAACGUAAAGAGAAACGUUGUAUACCCACCGCCUCGGAUACGAGGUAG